UUUAUUAAAGUAGCAAAGUUCAAAGCAUGCAGCAUGGAUGAAAAUUCAUUAAAGCUACCAUUUUUUAGUGCUUUUUAUGCCCUUCCUAUCAAUUUAACCCCCCUGUUAUUAGGAUGCCUUUAUUUCCGACCAUAUAAGUAUCGUAGUUGCCAUUCUAUUACAACAAAUACAAAAGACUCUACUCAAAAUGAGGUCAACCAAGAAAGAGACUAUAGAACUAUAUAUGUCAGAAACCUAUGGCCAGGCUGCUCAGAAAAAGAUUUAAUUGAUAUAUUUGGACAGUGCGGCUUGAUCGAAGAAAUAAUCCUAGGAUCUGAGGAUUUAGAUGGGUCAGACAACGCAAAUCUGCUCUCCGGUUUAAAUAGUGCAAUGACGAAUAUUCUACAAAAUAAAGCGCCAAUAAAUAUUGGAAAUUUAGACCACGCACCGGCACCAUCACAACUUAAGUUUUUGCAGUUGGAACUUGAAAAACUGCAGCGUAACAUUAUAGAUGAAUUUGAGCCAUCGAAACAUAGUGAAUGUGCCUUGAUAGUGUUUGGUGAUGUAGAAUCUUUCGAAUUUGCAAUACGAGACCUUAAUAUCAUGUCUGUAUACGGAAAAUUCAACUCUAUCCGAAAAACCGAGUCAUUGGCCAUCAAAUCCUAUUUAGAUGAAUGGCGUAGAAAGUACAUAAUAGAUGAGAAUCAGCUUCAGGCUAAAGCCGACAUUGAGCUAGCAAAAUAUGACUAUAAUGUAAAUAAAAAAAGGAAAAUUGAAGACCAACUGGCAACGACAGAAGAUGCCGAGGGAUGGACAGUUGUUGCACCCCGCGGUCAUAAGCGUGCACUUGGAGGCGCUGGACUAACAGUUUCUACUGCCACAAUUUCACAGAAGGCCCUAUUAAACCGGAAAAUAGCACAAGACCGACGAUUGGUCAAAAAUGAUUUUUACUUAUUUCAAUUGCAAAAAGGAGAUGAUUCAAAACUUCAAAAUCUACAAUACAAAUUAAACACCGACAAGAAAACUUCGAUGAAAAUUUAUAGAAAGAGCAGAAGGUUUAGACCUGAAUAGCGGGCAUUUUUGUAGUAAUUUUACGAGAUAUUCGUGGGAAACAACUAGCACGAUUGACAAUUAAACUGGGCUUAUUUAAAGCUGGCAGCUUUCAAUAAAAGAUCGAACUUAAUAAAAAAAUGAGAUAUCGAUGUCAAAGAA